CGAAGGUCACGGCGCCGCAAUGGAGCUGUCGGCGUACGCGCAGGGCGGCUGCCGGCUGCUGGGCGACCCCCGGCGCCUGUCCCGCCGCGCCUACGCCGCGCUGCUCCGCGCCGCCUUCCGAGGCGUGCUGCAGCUCCCCGGCGGCGUGGCCGACCCCGAGCUGAGCGACGUUGACCCCGCCGUGCUGAAGCAGUGCCACGCCGCCGCCGCCGCCUGCAUCCUGGAGGCGGUCAGGCAGCGCGCCGACCGCGCGGCCCUCAGCGCGUGCCUGGAGGAGUGCAAGCUGGACAGGGAGCGGAUCGAGCAGUUCUGCACCGAGUACCAGAAAAACCGGGAGGCACUGGAGGAGCUGCUGGGGAGCAUAGGCCGGGCCCCCCCGCACGUGACGGACGUGUCCUGGCGCCUGGCGUACCGCAUCCAGACCCAUGAGCUGCACCGAGCCUACCAGCCCACCUACCUGCUGACCCUCAGCACUGAGAAGAGUGAUGCGGGAUCACAGCCAGACCUCAGCUUCAGCUGCACCAUGGAGCAGCUGCAGUGGACAAGGGUGAGGUCUGGGAUCCCAUCCUGCCACACGCAGAGGGAUGCUGUGGCACCACAUGGUGACCUUUCUGAAACACUCCUCCUGAGGUGUUUCCCCUCCCAGGAUUUGGUCGGGAAGCUGAAGGAUGCUGCCAAGAGCCUGGAGAGAGCGACGCAGCUUUUUGGGUUGAGCUCGCGGUUUGAGUGUGGGCUUCGGAUCGGUGUGCGGGGUGCAGAGCCCCGGAGCCGAGGGACGGGGCUGCGGACGGGGCCGCGCUCGGUCGAGGUUUUCUUCUCUCGGGCCCUGGAGGGGACUCCGCGUGCGGCCCCCGCCGGGUGCGGCGCCGCGCGUGGGGCCCCCGACGGCCGCGGGCGGACGGCAGUGGAGGUGUCUGCGGCGGCCCGCCCCGGCCGUGUGUGUUGCAGAGCCGCCUCGCCCCGCGCCAAAAUGCACCGGACGACCAGGAUCAAAAUCACCGAGCUGAACCCGCACCUCAUGUGCGUGCUGUGCGGCGGGUACUUCAUCGACGCGACGACCAUCAUCGAGUGCCUGCACUCCUUUUGCAAGACGUGCAUCGUGCGGUACUUGGAGACGAGCAAGUACUGCCCGAUCUGCGACGUCCAAGUGCACAAAACCCGGCCGCUGCUCAACAUCAGGUCAGAUAAAACUCUGCAGGAUAUUGUGUACAAGCUCGUCCCGGGCCUUUUCAAAAAUGAAAUGAAAAGAAGAAGGGAUUUCUAUGCUGCUCAUCCGUCGGCUGAUGCUGCCAAUGGCUCUAAUGAAGACAGGGGAGAAGUGGCUGACGAAGACAAAAGAAUUAUAACAGACGACGAGAUAAUAAGCUUAUCCAUUGAGUUCUUCGACCAGAACAGACUGGAACGAAAAGGAAAUAAAGAGAAAGAAAAAUCAAAGGAGGAGGUGAAUGACAAAAGAUACUUGCGCUGCCCGGCAGCGAUGACAGUGAUGCAUCUACGAAAGUUCCUGCGGAGUAAGAUGGAUAUCCCCAACACUUUCCAGAUUGACGUCAUGUACGAGGAGGAGCCCCUGAAGGACUACUACACGCUGAUGGACAUUGCCUACAUCUACACCUGGAGACGGAACGGCCCGCUGCCCCUCAAGUACCGCGUGCGGCCCACCUGCAAGCGGAUGAAGAUCGGCCACCAGCGGGAAGGCCUCAGCAACAGCGGCGAGCUGGAGAGCGACUCCGGCAGCGACAAGGCCAGCAGCCCGGCCGGGGGGCUGCCCUCCACCUCCUCCUGCCUGCCCAGCCCCAGCACGCCGGUCCAGUCCCCCCACCCGCAGUUCCCACACAUCUCCAGCACCAUGAACGGCACCAGCAGCAGCCCCGGCAGCAACCACCAGUCCUCCUUCACCAACAGAGCGCGGAAAUCCUCCAUAAACGGCUCCUCGGCCACUUCGUCCGGCUGACGGCCUGGCCCCGACCCUCCUCUCUAUAGAUCUCUCAUGCCAUUACAGCUUUAUAGAUGCUAAUACACGUGACUCUCGUCCAAACUGCUUUCUUUUGUAGUGACACUGAACUUGGCUAUAAAAGGCGAACUAGGUGACAUUCGCUGUGGACGUUAAUUGCGACGCGAGAUUGAAAUGUAAAUGGUUUCCAAAGGACCGGGAAGCAAACAGAAGUGACACCUGGGUGUGCUGAGUGCUGCGGGGCCCUCAGCCCGACCGAGCUGGUAGAAGCCCUGGGACGUAGCUGGUUAACCCAGACUAACUCCUCCACCGCGUUCUCUUCGAUUGUUAUUGUUAUUAUGCCGUUUUGUGAACCUGUAGAAAGCAAGUGCUUUUUCAUCUUGAAAUUCGACGAAACAGAAAGGAUAUGCAUAGAAUAAUGCAUAUAUGUAGCCAUGUCACUGUGAAUAACAAUUUUUGCGUAUUAGCCAUUUUGAUUCUUAUGUUGCAUCUUUAAUUCUCUGUUGCUGCGCAGAACCGAUCAAACGAAAAGUAAACUUCAGUUUUACAAUCUGUAUGCCUAAAAGCGGGUAUUACCGUUUUAUUUACUGACUUGUUUAAAUGAUUCGCUUUUGUAAGAAUCAGAUGGCAUUAUGCUUAUUGUACAAUGCCAUAUUGGUAUAUGACAUAACAGGAAACAGUAUUGUAUGAUAUAUUUAUAAAUACUAUAAAGAAAAUAUUGUGUUUCAUGCA